UCUGUGACAAAGAUUAGGAAAAACUAACAUUAUAUUGGUAGCAUUCAAAAGACGUUACUAUAUAUGUAUUUUAUUUUACAUCAACAUUUUUAUAAUAUCAAUAACGUCGCGAGAAUCCUAGGACUAUAUGGUAUACCAUCCAUAUUUUUUAAUAAUUUUUUGGUGUUAACAAAAUGCCCCAAGAAUAUGAUUCAAGAAUUAAUUUACAUUUGGAAGUAAACAAUGGUAUUGAGAGGGUAACUGAAUUGGUUCACACACGAUUAGUGGAAAGUGGCUGGCGUGACCAAGUGAGAUUAGCAUGUAGGAAGGCUAUAGUGGACUGUGGUGAUAAGCAUGUCCCAACUGUUGAUGAAUUAAUUGCAAGUGUUACACCAAAAGCUAGAGCAUUAGUUCCAGAUGCAGUAAAACGGGAACUAUUGCACGAACUUGAAAUAAUUUUAACAAAUGUGGAAAAAGUAGGAUACACCAAAAAUUUUUAGAAAAAAUGUAUUUCCAAUAUAUGUAAUGAUAUAUUCAAAUAAAACACUUAAUAUUGGUUCAUCUUGAGUUGGUUUUUUCCUGAACAGUGGAGCCUUCUAAUAAAAAGAGUAAAAAAAAAAUUAUUAAA